CUAUCUCGGUGGAAGCUUGUACUGCGGCUGUGCGCCCUUGACCUUGCUCUGGCGCUUGUUGUCUUCUAUCGGCUGCGAGACGCCUCCCACUCUCCUCUCUCGCCGCCUCCUCUUCACCUUGCGAUGAGAAAGAUUCUGAACCUGCAUGCAUUGCGACCCAGUACAACAGGGUGAAUGCUCUGUUUGUGUCUGUCGGCUUGCGUCACCUGAAAUGACUCCAUCACUGCAUGCAGCGGCCCCGAUAGACGAGGCAUGCCACCAACAGGUGGAUGCGUGGCCGCCCCUGCUUCAUCCUCAAACUCAAAUUGACCCCGGUCCAUGCCUGCAGACAGACACCACGAUACCCGAUCCAUGAAGCAUCUACUGGCCGUGCCGUCUUUCUCUUGCUAUGUACCUAUUUCUCUCAACACACCAUUUAAAUGCUCUGAUGCUCCCAUCCCGAGGUCGCCGUCAUCGUCGCCUCUUGGAUGGAUGACGGCCCUCUCGGUUCGGUGUUUCCUGCCGCUGCCUGCUUUCGGGGCGGCUCUGCCAUGUCUCCACCAUUCACUGACGCUUCCUGAUGGAGAGACCAGGCGUCGCUGGGUCGCUUGCAGGAAUGACGACCGUCUUGCCCGCCUUGAUCUGGCAUCGAGGCUUGGAUUGUCGACAGAGAGCAGAGACGUGGCCAACAUGUCGUCGAGGAGUGGCGGGUCAGAGGGGUGCUCACUCUCCACCUGCCCUUGCGGCUGCUGCUCUGGCAGGCUCGUGUCUGCCGACGUCUCAUCCCUUUGUUUUUGACUGUCCAUCAUGAUGCCAAGCUGCGAUGUUGACACUGACGCACCGAUCGAUGUACCAUUGGCCGGCGCGGGGGUUGUUGUCGUGGUCGUGGUAGUCGUUGUGCUUGUUGUGGUUGGUGCCGCAGCGAACAGGUUGGCCAGGAAGCCCGUCGUCGGGUCAGAAGUCUUCUUUUUCUUCUUGUUGAGCAGCUUUCUGAUGAAUCCUUCUGGGAGUAUCUCAAAGAAGAGUGCAGGCAUGAGCGGGGCCACCGAUGUCUCCUCCACAUAGCACUUGGCCUCGGCGGGAUACAGACCGUCAUCUGCAACCGGGAAGGAUAUCAUCCUUCCGUGUGUGGGCAAGGACGGCAAUGUGUUGGAAAGUGUUGGCCAGCUGUGUGUGUACUUCGGUACAGCUUUAAGAGCUCCUGUCUGUCAAGGGAGUAGAGAACCUGCCUGAUCAAAAAUGCCAAUCACACACGCGUCCUCCGUGCUCCUCUGCGGCAUCAGCUGCAUGGAUGGGUGCUUACGUGUCUUUCUCCACAUCGGCGAAUGGCUUCGUUCUCUUGACGUCCUUGCCGCCACCGAAUAUCUAACCGACACGGCAUGGAGAAUCGACGUGUGGUGUCCCUUGUCAGCGGACCAGACACGAACCUUGAUUGAGAUCUUUCGCCUUAUCGGUGACGGUUCGGUCAUCAGUGUCAUGACCUCAUUCAGCAGAGCAGGGCUCUUGCUCUCCCGCAAGAGGAAUGCAAGAGGAAUGCUAUCUCGCCCUGACGAAGGACGCGUACACGUCAUUCACUCUGUGUGUCUGUGUGUGCUUGUCCGUACCAGCUGCAGCCCGAAGCAGAGACUGUGAGUGGAGACAGGGCCCCACAGACGGCUGAAAUGCUUGGCGCUCGACGCGUCAUACGGCAGCAGCUCUUGCACCGCUUGCUGUCAGCAUGCAACAUGCACGUCUGGAUGUGAGUGUCCAGCGUUUGCCUGGACCUUGCCUACCAUUCUCUCCAUUGCAUAGUCGGCCAUCGUCAUCGUGGCCCAUUUGCUCCGCACCUGUGCGAGCAGUUCCUCGAUGCGUUCAUCCAUCUCAUCGGGAUCCUUUGACGAGCCCUGCAGGUCACAAUGGACGAGACAUGACACGUCCGUCCACGCGGGGGGAUGCAGACAUGGACGCGUACCUACCUGUACGAUGAUCCGCAGCUCAAGUAUGGGGAAGCCCCCUCCCACGCCACCGCUGACGAUGUAUCCCAGCUGCUGUUCUGUCCUCAGGCUCUCGAAGACGGGUGUCGCAAUGAGCGUGUCUGUGGACACACCACAGCGCAGCCCACGUGUUUAAAUGAUUACUGGCUGCCUACCAAUGAUGCCCAGGACCGCUCGCUGUCCGAAGUCUGCGCACAUGGCAAGUGUCACAGCGUAGACAUGGAUGCCUGAAGGAAGCUUCGUGAUUUUGUUAUUCUGCUUUCCUGCUCACCAGGAAUGCCCCACUGGUAUGCGUUGAGUAUCACAUGGUUGCUGUCGCCCUCAAUCGGGUUCGAAAGGCGAAGCUCCAGUGAGUUGUUGGGCAUCCAACUCUGACCACACACGCAUAGAGACGGACGUGCAAGUGCGCAUCGCACUGGCCGUCACCUAUCUGUCUCACCGAGAAGUUGACUGCCUCCGGCAAGCUGACUGGCGCUUGUCGCACAUUGAUUGCCACUGCCUCAGACAACUCCACAGCCUAAAGGAGUCGAAGCAAGACAGACGUAGACGGUCCGGCAGCAGAGGUCUAAUUGUCUCACUGACGUCUUCGAUGUCGAUGUUGCCAACGAUGAGGGCAUCGACAAAACUCCGGGUCGCCACGUUCUGAACAUAUGUGCGGUAAUCCUCGUAGACGCUCUCCACCGGCAUCUGGGACAGCUUCGUCACCUCCUGAAUAGACAACAAGGAUGCUCGACUGUUCCUUUCGCAUCCAUGUCAAUUAGCACCUCGAGCAGAGCGGUGUUUGAGAAUUUGUUUGGCAUCUCGAUGUCGGUGAGCAGGUCCUCGGCUAUCUGAUAGAGCGACUCGCUGGAGGCCGCCUGAAGGGCUCCCAUCAUCUGUUCACACACAGCGCAAAGAGGGUUGAUGGUUGGAGGUCCCGUCUGUUCGGUUGCCUCAUCGAGGAUGAGCUGGAUUCGGCUGUAUGUGUCCGGGUUUGGGUCUGGCACGCCACCAAAGAGGGAGGAUACAGUGGACACAACUUCCCAGAAGUGCUCAGCGUAGCCCUACAGGGACAUACCACGGUCAGGUGCCUUGAUUGCUAUGUCACCCAUGACCCACUGACCCAUGCAGAGAGCGUAAAGCAUCCAAACUCAUAAUCCCAGGAGACACCAGCCUCUGGAAGGGGGAUGAGAGAGACACGUGAUCUGUGGUGUGUGCCCACAGAUGGAUUCAUGGAUCAGCGAACCGCAUGUGAGUUUGUCUGCGAUGGCGUGUGUGGCAUCCUCCGUCGUCAAGUACACAUGCAAUACGGCGUAGACAGCCAUCCUGCAACGUAACACAGACAGGUAAGUCAUCCCAUGUCUCUGCUUGCUGUGCAUACCGCAUGCCUCUGUAUCUUACUUAGCCCUUGUCUCACCUGGGUGAUAUGUGUGUCUUGUUGAGGCGCAGCAGAAAGCGGCCAUCGAUGUUUGGCGUGCGGAAUCUGGCUGCAUCCAUCCACACAUCCUUUUGCCCACACAACACAUGGCUCGCUUCAUUUGUGUCCGUGUGUGUCCUACCUGGUCCCUUCCACCAGACGAUGAGGCCGUCAGAGUGAAGCACAUUGCACGGCGGGGCCAUCUCGGAGCUGGGGCACUCGUCGUCCUCAUAGGGAUCAAUCACAGUCAUGUUGCGAGGCACACAUGAUACACCUGAGGACACGCACACACCAGCGGCAUGCAAAAAAGACUGGUGUGUGUGAUGCGUUGCUCUGUAGCUCACGUGGGCAUGGCAGGCAUGGCGAGGUCGUCUGGUUGAUCGGCAGGCAGGGGCUGUCUGCCGGUUCGGGCGGAGGCAGCCUCACGUCGAGGCGCUGCUUCGUAUAGCGGACACCAUAAGGGCCAAAGAGGAAGGUCUGCAUGUCGGGCGACGUAUGCUCCUUGGUCGACUGGUCAAAGUGGUUGUCGACGUAUAUGACAUUGCACCGGUCGGUCGUCAGCUGCCCGAGCACUUCCUUGACCAGAGUGGUGUUGACGCGCUCCGAGUGGACCCUAUGGCCGAUUGAAAAACAUUCCUGGCACAUGCAGACGGAGUAAAAGUGGUGUGCGCUACCAAGCCAUGCAUUCUCGUGUACACGCACCUCCUUUGGAUAGAAGAAUAGGUUUGCGGCUGCGUCAGCCAAUGCGUCGACUGCAGCGAACUCCUCCUGCCGAGACAGACAAGACGUCAACGAGCAGAGCAAAGCCAAUCCCCCGACUCUGAGACCACCAACAUGAAAUUUCAGUCAUCUGUGCACCCACCGAUCCCACCUCGUUGUUGUAGGAGACAUCCAGCAGCUGCCCGAAGGCUUCGAAGAACGCCUGCUCAAGCGAUGAGACAUCGUCGUCAGACUUCAGGCAGUCCAGAGAGCACAGACCGCACUUCGGCACGCCCCCUGCCUGUGACUCCGGCCGUUGGAGCAGCUCGAGGGCCCGGAAGACAGGGGCUACACAAUCACCCACAUUUUGUGGACUCUGCGAAGACAGAGGGGUAGAGAGACAUGACCACAUCCAUAUGGUGGGCUGUCACCUUGCAGAGCUGUGUGCCUUUGGUGGAGAGGCGGAGUCUGAUGAAGAUGAGAGUGGCUGCCGAGCUGGUGCUGUCAGACACGUCCACAUUGAAGACGAGACCUGUCUGUCUCAGCCGGUGCUGCAGGCCGCCCGCCCCCCCAUAGUCGAGCAU